AUGGAGGGCGACCCUCGCUUCCGGCAACAGUUUGCUCGCGAUUUCCGGGUUGUGGAAGAGGACCCUAGCGAUGCCGAUGCAUCAGCGAUCCCGAAUUUGCAGGUCACUGAUACCGAAUUGAACGCUCUGCAGUCCCGAUUUCUUGAUGGGACCCCUAACCCUGAGGGCAUGACUGAUCUGGAGUAUAUGCCGCGUAGCGCGCAGACUCACCACCAGAUGCCACUGCCUUCCAUUCGCAGGACCCCUAUCGACGAAUUCAACCGUUCCCAGCCGCUGCUAACGCUCGCGUUCCCUACCCUCUACCCUGACGGCAAGGCCGACUUCGUGGAGCCUCGCCUACGGAGCAUCACGUACCAGGACUACCUUGGCCAUGCGAUGAGAUGGCAUGACGGACGUUUUGCCCGCCAUAAGACGUGGCCUUUCGUCGCCCUCAACACGCUGUUACAGGAAGCGAUGGCUGAGCCUGACGAGCCAGAGGCUCAGGACCUGAUCCAGUCGAUCACGCGCCAAGCCGCGGUAAUCAGGGGCACCCGGCCACCUGGCCUUUUCGUUACUGCAAAGUGGAAAGCAGCUCCUGAGGCGGCGCGCAUGGUCCUGUCCCGGCAACUACUGCGAGACAACGCCCACAUCGCCGCUUACCACUUCCAUAAGCGUUAUACGCUGUUUAGGACUAUUGUCCUGAAGCAGAAGUUCAACCUAACGGACUUUUGGGGCCGUUACGAGUGGCAGGGCAGGGGUUCCAUCCGGGAGCAAUUCGCCCGCAUCUGGGGAUAUCACGUAUCUGCUGUCAACCCAGAGCCUCAGCGAAUACAGGCGCCUGGGGAAGGGAAUCCCCUGAUCGCACUGGAACUUCAGGGCGAGAGGAACGAUGGCCAGAUUAACCACUACAACCGCUUGCUUACCGUUGCGUGGCUAGCCAAUACAGACGUUUCGCCCUGCACGAGCCUCCAGCAGGUAAUCGAUUACGCGGCCAAAUACUGCUCCAAGUCGGAAAAGAAGAGCGAGUCUUUUGCCCAGAUUGGGAAGGCUUUGAUGUCCCGGGUCAAGGACCACAACCCCCUGAUUUCCUUCACGUCAAAGCUCCUCAAUCAGCUGGUUGCUGAGCGGGAUUACUCUAAGCAGGAGGUCAGCCACUUGCUCCUCGGCCUGCCGUUACAGGAAGGCUCACGAACCUGCCUGUUGAUGAUCUCCUCACAUUUGACGGCCAGCUUUUUGGUUCUCACGCUGAGGCCUUCUCCUAUUGUUGGCAGCACCACAGUCAUGGUGAUGACCAUUAUGGUCGGCCAAAAGAGGCUCGAUCACAGCCUCAAGAUGAUCAAUACGAGGCUCUGCCUGUGGAGGAAGAAUUUGAUGAUGAAGACUGGAUUCGCCUCGCCGCCCUUUUACCUGGGAACCCCCUUACCCAGGAAGAUCUUGACCUUCUUGGCCGCCGUGAUAUCGACGUCAAUUACGACUGGACACGGCAUCCACCCCAUGGCCAACGAUGUGGAGGUCCUUGGCCCUCACUGGCGUAAUACGCUGAAUCCGCAACAACGGCUCGUGUACGACACAUUCAUGGGUCACUUCCAGGCGAAAAAUCCUACUCAAAUCCUUGUCCACGUUGAUGGUGGUGGUGGCACCGGCAAGUCGUUCCUUAUCAAGUCCCGCCUACGGCACGUCAAAUACCUCGUGAUCGAUGAAAAGAGCAUGCUGGGGAUUGAGCAGCUCGCGCGGAUCGAUUCCCGUCUGCGACAGGCCUUUCCACAGCGUAGCCUCGAGUUCUUUGGUGGUAUGAGCGUCUUGCUUGUGGGCGAUUUCUUCCAGUUACCACCAGUCCGGCAAAAGCCCCUGUAUUCGACUAGCACCAGCCUGUCUGCGUUGGAAAGGAGAGGGCAUGUGGCCUACCGGUUAUUUGAUCGCACCGUCUUCCUGACCACGGUACAGCGCCAGGCUGGUGAUGAUCAGGCCCAGUUCCGUCAGGCGUUGCAGGAACUGCGUGAAGUCAAGUUAUCCAUACCGUCCUGGAACCUCCUUAGCAGUCGGGUACAGGCCAGGCUAACGCAGAGCGAGGUUGACAGCUUCAAGGCCGCUUUGCGGGUGUAUUCUACAAGGGCGCGGGUGGAGGCAAAGAAUCAGGGCAAGGGCGCGGGGCAGGCACCAAGCGACAAUGCUGGCAAUCUAUCUAACAAGUUCCCCAUUGCUAAGGGCGCCAGGGCGCCGAACCAUGGAAGAUCCCCGGCCGUUAUUAUGGUGGACUUUGAUAGCUACGACGGACCGCCAUAUCUAACAACUAACGAGGGCAGGAAAAUCUCACCCAUCCUCCCAGUCAGGCGAGACUUCCUUGUGGGCAACGAGACCUGCGCUCGCACGCAGUUUCCCCUGAUUGUGGCGUUUGCCAUCACUGUUCAUAAAUGCCAGAGCCUAACGAAGGAUCAAAUAGUUACUGAUCUCGCUACACGCGACUUCCAGGCCGGGAUUAGCUAUGUUGCUGUCUCACGGGUUACGUCGCUGCAAGGCUUACUCCUCGAGGCGCCUUUCGAUCGUCAGAGCCUCUAUAACCACACGCCGACGGAAGGGAUGAAGAUGCGCCUCGCUGACCAACAACGGCGUCAGGGUCAACAGCUGACCGACGCACCAUAUACACCACGCUACCUUGACUAA